AUAUACCCUUUUACUCUACGAGUAACGGGUAUAAUAACAAACAUACUUUGAAAAUAAAUGUCGAAAGAUAUUGAAAGAUCAUUUAAUGUUUUGGCAAAAGUAUUUAAAUACCAACGCAAUGUCUUUUAAUCAUUACACUUAAAAAAAAAACAAGUUUAUUUAAAAAUAAAACAAAAAGAAAAUUAUUUAACAAAUUUAAAAAACAAAUAAUGAGUUUCUUGAUAAAAAUAGUGCCGACAUAAAGAAAAAUUUUAAGAACAGAGUUUUUAUUAGACAACGAAUAGAUUUUUAGAUCGAAAAAUCACUGAAAUCAAACUACUUUCAGCAUAAAAUUUGUUUUUCUAAUAAGUUUUAUUCGACAAAAAACAAUUAAAUUUCCUUAUAAAGAUAAUACGUCAACAAGUGUCAAAAUAAAAAGCAUUAUAAAUAAUUGCGAAUCGUCAGACAAAAGAAAAUUCUUAAACUCAAACAAACGACAAAGAAAAGUGCACAAUAAACGCGUGUGAGAAAAAACAAUACAAAGAGCAAAGUAAUUCCUGGGGUCCGCCGAUUAAAACAAUGAUUUCUUCAAGGGGAAACCGAAUGAUCUUCAAAAUGUAUUGGCUAAUUCUGAUACUAAUGCCCCUCACUUGGGCCAACACCAGUGAUUUAAAGGAAGCCCCUGUAAUGACCACAGUAGCUCCCACUUCAAGUCAUCGAAAUGCCCACCAGCAGCAAAGAUUGCAGAGAUUGCAGGAGGCACAGCAACUGGAGACCCAUCAGCAACAUCAUCAUCAUCUGCGGCACGAGCAGCAUUUGCGGUCCGAAUUGGAGGGGAAUCACCAGCCGCCAAUCGGGGACUUUGAAAUGGGUGGAUCCAAGAAGCCCUUCGAUCCACUGUUGCCCAUGCAGCAGCACCACUUGCGUCAUCACAAUCGCCACCAUCUGAGUUGGGAGCAGAGGGUGUUUCCCUCACUGCGACACCAGCAACACCGCUUGUCCCUAGGAACCAGCACUCCAAGAAAUAUCUUUACCUCGGAGGCACCCACAACCACUCAUCACGGCUUGAUCACAAAUCAUACUCGCUAUUUCGACAGGGAUGGCAUCUUCCCCUCUUGGGCUGAACCUCGAACUACCAGAGGUCCCAAUUGGCGACAGGAAGUGGAUUCCAGUAGCUCCGAUGGCGAAAGCGAUGAGGACGAAGACGACGAGGACGACGAUUAUGAGUACGAAGAUGACUCCGAUUCUGAUGGUGUGGAUGAAGAACUAGCCCGACAAAUGCCCAGAUACUCUUUGUUCAACCAAAAACUACCCCACAUUGACUUGAAAGAACAAGAGUACGAUGCUGUUGAUGGAUCGGAUGAAUUGGAUAUAGUUUCGAAUAAUAAUCAUUAUAGCAACAAACAUCCCAGUGUGGCCAAUCCACACGAUAAGUCAGCUGGCAAACGCAAUAUAUUUACUUGGCUGUUCAAACAAGAUGUGGAAAAAGAUGUAGUUAAAGCACCGCACACCACAACUACUACAACAACCACAACCUCGACCACAACAAUGAAGCCCAUAACACGCACUGAAAGGCCAAAACUACAAUUAAUAGAUGCCAAUCUUAAGAACAACGGUGGCGAAGAGGACUACUCGAACGAGGAUUCGGAUUCCGAGUCAGAAGAGGGAUUCUCCAACGAACAGUGGAACAAAAUCGAGCACGAACAUCAUCUGAAGCAGCAGAAACACCAGAAGGAACUAUUGGCGAUGCGUGAGAAGAGCUGGAAUACCCCUCUCAUAAGAAACAUUGAGAAUGAGGUGAGUUCUGGCAGUGACAUUUUCGAGAUUGAUUUUGGGGAAUGCCCAAUGAUUUGA